AUGGCGGAGUCCAUUUCCGAAGGUACCCUCAGCAGUUUCUCGAAACAAGUGGGUGAUUACGUCGAGCAAGACGAGGAGAUUGCGUCGAUCGAGACAGACAAGAUUGACGUCUCUGUCAAUGCUCCGGAAGCUGGCACGAUAAAAGAGUUCCUCGUCAAUGAGGGAGACACUGUGACUGUCGGACAGGAAAUAGCAAAGCUUGAACCCGGUGGCGGAGGCGGCGGAGGUGCCAAAGAAGCAAAGGAAGAGCCCAAGGAACCCGCUUCGAAAGAGCAACCAACAAGCUCGGAUCCUGAACCAAAGAAGGAAGAGCCAAAGAAGGAAGAGCCAAAGAAAGAAGAGCCGCCUCCAUCUCCUCCCAAGAAGGAGGACAAGCCUGCUCCUCCCAAGGAAGAGAAGAAGUCCGCGCCACCCAAAGAAGAGAAGAAAUCGGACGACUCGAAAGCUGGAAUUGAGUCGCCAUUCGGUAAAGGCACGAGAAACGAGAACAGGGUCAAAAUGAAUCGCAUGCGUCUGAGGAUUGCGGAGCGCCUCAAGCAGUCGCAGAACACGGCAGCUUCAUUAACUACGUUCAAUGAGGUGGAUAUGUCCAACAUCAUGGAGUUCCGGAAGAAGUAUAAGGAUGAGGUCUUGAAGAAUACUGGAGUGAAACUGGGCUUCAUGAGCGCAUUUGCCAAGGCUAGCAUUCUAGCCAUGAGAGACGUGCCUACUGUCAACGCAUCCAUCGAGGGUCCUGGUGGUGGUGACACCAUCGUAUACCGAGAUUUUGUGGACAUCAGCGUUGCGGUGGCCACACCUAAAGGCUUGGUGACCCCCGUGGUUCGAAAUGCGGAGAGUUUGGAGAUGGUUGAGAUAGAGAAAGCCAUCGCAGAUCUAGGCAAGAAGGCUCGCGACGGAAAGCUCACCAUCGAAGACAUGGCUGGUGGCACUUUCACCAUCAGCAACGGAGGCGUCUUCGGUUCGAUGAUGGGAACACCCAUCAUCAAUCUGCCUCAAACCGCGGUUCUCGGGCUGCAUGCCAUCAAGGAGCGAGCGGUGGUCGUCAAUGGCAAAAUAGAAAUCAGACCGAUGAUGUACCUUGCACUCACCUACGAUCAUCGACUGCUGGAUGGAAGAGAGGCCGUCACAUUCUUGGUGAAGAUCAAGGAAUACAUAGAAGACCCGCGGAAAAUGCUUAUUGCAUAG